AUGCUCAUUUGUGCCAUCGCCCAUAUCCCCGGAUCAUAUGUCUCUGAUGAAAAGACAUAUGAGCUUUACCCGGCUAUGGUUAGGGGAUCAUGA